AUGGGUCCUCUAGUAUGCUUCAGAAUGAGCGUGCGGAGAGCGUCGGAGAAGGUUUUCAAUCCCCAACCUAAUCAACUGGACAAUGCCCGUCGAAAACUCAGCACCGUUACAACCUCAACGGUCGUUCCACAAACGAAUCCCGAUCCCACCGCCGACAUUGAAGCUCAGACUCCACUGUCCGGGUUCGGUGAAUGGUGA